GACCCAAGAAGCCCUUUUAGCGUCGCAGUGCCUACCAAUGCCAACCCAACAGAAAUUUUGGCGGCUCGAUUCUCAGCAUGGAGAAGCAUCCUCUCUGGCUUGUUGCAAUACUUGAACGAAGUUGUGAGCAUCCAGGAUGAAAUCGUUCGCCAACAACUCCGUCUGAGAAACGCUGCCAAUUUUGGUAUAUCAAGCAGCGAUGACAACUCUGGCAGUGGAAAUGGCGGCAAUAACAGCGGGGGUAAACAACGUCAUAUUGUCGGUUCAUUCCACGAUAACGUCCCAAAUAGUCAGUUCUUUGUUCCAGUGGGAAAUGGUUCUGUUCAGGACUUGCCAAAGACCUUGACUGAUUUUCACACUGCGUCCGCAUCGUUGGCGCAGAGAGCCUCCAAGGAAUUGAAUACUGUUGUAAUUCCAAGAUUGGAAGAUUUGAGAAGAGAACUCUUGGUGAAGAUCAAAGAAAUCAAAGGAUUGAGCUCUGAUUUCAAGAAUAAUGUUGCGAAGGAACUGGCGCAGACAAAGAUAGACAUGCAACAGUACUUAAAGUCUCUAGAAGAUGCUAAAUUCAACCCACAGACAAUGCAUGAGAGACAGGACCCUUACUUGACGAAGAUCAUCCUGGAUAAGCAGAUCAAGAGACAAAUAGUGGAGGAGAACUACUUGCAAGAAGCGUUCCUCAACUUGCAAAGUUCUGGUAAGGAGUUGGAGAAAGUUGUUGUUGGUGAGAUCCAAAAUGCAUUGACAGUCUUUGCAAGAUUAUUGGGGGAGCAAGCUCAAAAUGUCUUUGAUAAGUUAAUCACCAACUUGGAUUAUGGAUUCUUGACGAAGCCACCAACCUUUGAAUGGGAUCAAUUCAUUGCCAAUGAUAAGAACUUUAUCGAUGAGAAUUUGCCGAAGAGAGAUUACAAGUCCAUUGUCUACGAGAAGGACAAUGAUCCAUUCAGUUUCGAAGUUCGCUCCUCUUUCCUAGAGAGAAGAUCGAAAUUCUUGAAGUCAUACUCAAAGGCCUAUUAUGUCUUGACACCAACGUUCUUGCACGAGUUCAAAAGUGCGGAUCGUAAGAGAGACUUGAUACCGGUGACUUCCUUGAGACUCGAUGACAUUGAGCUUGAAGACCACGCAAAGAUGGACUCCAAACAGUACAAGUUUGUUUUGAAAAAAGUUGGUAAGCUGUCUUCGCACAAGUUCUUCUUCCGUGCUGAAAGUUAUGAAGCCAUGCUUUCAUGGUAUAACGAUAUCAAGAACUUGAAAUCCAUCAGCAAUCCAUCUAGCAGAAGCGCAUAUGCUGCAAAGCACCGCAGUGCAAAGGACUUAUCCAGAGUCUCAUCAAUGACUUCCAGAUCUCAAAUCAGAAAUAGCAUUUCGCAUGAUUCUUCAGCACGUGAAGUUGACACCAUUCUUACAGUUCCAAACAACAAUCUAUCCUUACCAACUCAGACUUCUUCGACA